UUAUUCUCACAAAAUUAAGUGAAGUCCUUCUCCAGACAUUUUAUCAAACACUUAACACACUAGUCCACUGUAAGCAAAAAAACAAUGACUAAGGACGUUGAAGUGACCGAGGGAGGAGAGUUCCCGGCCAAGGACUACCACGACCCUCCUCCGACGCCGUUGUUCGACGCCGAUGAAUUGACCAAAUGGUCCUUCUACAGAGCUUUGAUCGCUGAGUUCAUCGCCACUCUCCUCUUCCUCUACAUAACUGUCUUGACCGUUAUCGGGUACAAGAGCCAGACCGACCCCAACUUACCCAACGUCGACGAGUGUGGUGGCGUUGGAAUCCUUGGUAUCGCAUGGGCUUUUGGUGGCAUGAUCUUCAUCCUUGUUUACUGCACCGCCGGCAUCUCUGGAGGACAUAUUAACCCGGCAGUGACAUUCGGGCUGUUCUUGGCAAGAAAAGUGUCUUUGUUAAGGGCUGUGUUGUACAUGGUGGCGCAGUGCUUGGGUGCCAUCUGCGGAGUUGGGCUGGUGAAGGCCUUCCAGAGCUCAUACUACAACAGGUACGGAGGUGGAGCCAACACGAUGGCCGCUGGCUACAGCAAGGGAGUCGGUUUGGGUGCCGAGAUCAUUGGUACCUUUGUUCUCGUCUACACUGUCUUCUCUGCCACUGAUCCCAAGAGAAAUGCCAGAGACUCCCACGUCCCUGUAUUGGCACCGUUGCCUAUUGGAUUCGCCGUGUUCAUGGUUCACUUGGCCACUAUUCCAAUCACCGGCACCGGUAUCAACCCGGCUAGGAGUUUCGGAGCUGCUGUUAUCUUCAACAGCGAAAAGGCCUGGAAUGAACACUGGAUCUUCUGGGUUGGACCAUUCAUUGGCGCUGCCAUUGCUGCUUUCUACCACCAAUUUGUUCUAAGAGCAGCGGCCAUCAAGGCUCUCGGAUCCUUCAGGAGCAAUGCCUAGUCUUAAUUUAAGGCUUUUUACGCAUGUGUUCUCUCUAUGGUUUCCAGAAGAAAUAACAAUACGAACAUCAAAGAGUGCAAAAGUCUUUGUUUGAGGGUUCUUUCAAUGUGCUAAUGACCCUUUUGUCCUCGUAUAUGGGAUUCUAGGGAAAGAGAAAUUGGAUUGCCAAGUGGGGAUUGCAGAUAAAAAGAAAAAUGGGCAAAAGGGUUGUAUUUUCCAUCCCAUUUUCCUUCUUCUGUACUCUUUGUUGCUUUGCUUGUAUUUAUGUGGGGUUAUUGGUCGUAAUUUGUGUAUUAUCCUUUCUUUCUCUUUUUUCUUUUUAAUUUAAAAGUUUUCUAUUUUCCUU